CGUCUGCUCUUGGCAGUAAACAAAACAAAACGCACUUGUAACCUCUCUGCGAUAAUAUCUGCUGAUGUCACUGAUAGCCAAGUUAUAACUUAUACGCCCAAACGAUUACGAUACGAUAUCAAUUUUAGAGUUACGGUCACCGUCACCGCGUUAUGGCAUUAAUCCUGCCAGACUCUGAUAGUGAAGACGAACUUCCACCCGGAUGGGAAGAACGAGCAACGUUGGACGGAUCUGUUUAUUACGUCAACCAUUCUACUAAGGGUUCACAGUGGAACCAUCCAAGAACAGGCAAGAAGAAAGUUGUCUCUGGAGAAAUGCCUUUUGGAUGGGAGAAAUGUGUUGAUGAAGAGGGAAAGGUCUACUAUAAAAACAAAGAAAAUGGCAGAACAACAUAUACUGACCCUAGAUUAGCCUUUGCUAUUGAGGAAAAAGAGCAUCCAGGAGACUUCCGUCAAAGGUUUGAUGGGUCAAGCACUGCUUUGCAGGUAUUGCAUGGCCGUGAUUUGAGUGGAAAAAUUGCAAUAGUGACCGGUGCCAACACUGGCAUAGGAUUUGAGACUGCACGCUCCCUUGCUCUGCAUGGCUGUACUGUCAUAUUUGCAUGCAGAGAUGAGUCAAAGACCGAAGAAGCUAUUGCCCGCAUACGAAGUGAGCGACCUAAUGUCAACAGUGACUUUAUAUCCCUGGAUUUGCAGUCUCUACAUUCCGUGAAAACAUUUGCUUUGACAUUUCAGCAGCGAUACAGGAAACUAGAUAUCCUCAUAUUAAAUGCUGGAGUAUUUGCUGCACCAUUCAACCUAACAGUUGAUGGUUUUGAGUCUGCUUUUCAAGUUAAUCACCUUAGUCACUUUUAUUUAACUCUCAUGUUAAAGCCUCAAUUGCUUGAGGCCAAACCAUCAAGAGUAGUUGUGCUCUCAUCUGAAAGCCACAGGUUUUCCAAUUUCAAAUUGAAUUCUCUCACAGAGUCAAAUUUGUCUCCUAAAACUUCUAAAGGGUUCAGUGGCAUGAUGACAUAUAACAAUACAAAACUGUGUAAUGUACUCUUUGCUAAAGAGUUGUCAGAAAGAUGGUAUGAUGACAACAUCCAAGUAUUUUCUGUUCAUCCUGGGAACAUGAUUUCUACUGAUAUUUCUCGCCAUUGGUGGGGUUACAGACUUGCUUUUGCUGUAGUUCGACCUUUCACUAAAUCAGUGCAACAAGGAGCAAGUACCACUGUAUACUGUGCCACAGCUCAUGAACUUUCCGGCUGCACUGGCCUGUAUUUUAACAAUUGCUGCCGUUGCACACCAAGCCCAAAAAGUGAAGACCCUCAAAUGUCUAAGUUGCUCUGGGAUAUAAGUGUGGAUAUGGUGAACAGUGUACUAGGAGAAAACACUGUACCAAACUGAUUUUGUAUCAAUUCUUAUUAAUUUUUAUACAAAACUAUUACCAUUAUAACUUUUCAAACGGUGGGAUUUUAAAAAUAAAGUAUGAAAGAAACUAAAA